UGCUAAGGGUCACUCACAACCUCUCCACCAUUCCCAGCAGAUUGAACAAUGGACACUCUAGGAAAGAAGGCUUUGAUGUUUAUGGAUAAUCCUGCUGAUGUCUAUGGCAUUUGUGAUGGAGGGAUGAUGGUGUCCUCGACCAUGGAUUUUUUGCAAUUUAACAGGAGUUUGGUUGAAGUUUCUUGUGGACCAAAUGACUCUUCAAUCUGUACAGAGGGGUAUUCUUCUGUCGUAGAUCAUGUAUUUUAUCAGGAACAACAGGAAGUUUGGAAUGUGAAUGGUUAUACACACUUGUGUCCAACAGAAGAGUUUCACUCCACACAGCAAAAUGGACAAACACAAGGAGAAAGGUUUAUGUUCAACAGUUCAGACAUGGAUAGAUCCAGUCUGAACACAAACCGGUCACGGUUUACCUGCCAGUGGCUGGAGCGAUCUGCAGGUGCUCCACAGUGCUGUAAGAAAACCUACUGCACAAUGAAGGAGCUCAUCUCUCAUCUGACAGCGGAGCAUGUUAAUCUGUCAGGACAAUCCAGUUACGUUUGUUUGUGGGAAGACUGUUCUCGUCAAAGGAAUCCAUUCAAGGCCAAAUACAAACUGAUCAAUCACCUAAGAGUGCACACGGGAGAAAAGCCCUUUCAGUGCUCGUUCGGAUGUGGAAGAGCAUUUGCACGGGCGGAAAACCUGAAAAUUCAUGAAAGGACUCAUACAGGUGAAAAACCUUUCAGAUGCCCUUUUGAGGCCUGUGAAAGGCGUUUUGCAAACAGCAGUGAUAAACAAAAGCACAUACGGGUCCACGCACCGGAGAAGCAAUAUAUUUGCAUGUACUGCACUAAAUCAUAUUCUCAUGCGAGCUCCCUCAGAAAACAUGCAAAGGUCCACCUGCCAGUCAUGGAACCUACUCAGAACUACAAUUAUGACAGCAGUUAUAAAGAUCCAAGCCUUUUUCAAAUAAUAUUUUAAGGUGUGCCCUAGUGUAAAAUGUAGCAGUUAGCCUAUUUUUCAUGACCAUUCUGGUUAGAAAUAAAAUCA